UGUCUUCUGUCAAUUCCGAGAUGUUAAAACUGUUGCUUUGCUGUGCUCUGUUCGCGGGUGGCUAUGCCUUCAAUCACGGACAGGCCCAAUUAGAUUUCGAAGCAUAUAUGCGUGAUUUUCACAAGGAAUAUGCCAACAGUGCAGAGCAAAACAAUGCUCAGUAUUACUACAAUUACCACAAAAAUUUGAUAACUCAACACGAAGCACUAGCAAAUCGCAACGCGAGCAGCUAUCACGUGAAGCUGAAUCAAUUCUCUGACAUCAGAUUGAAAACGUUUGCGGCACGUUUGCCACAAUCCGUUUAUCCAUCAAAUUCCUUCCACACCAUGAUGCCGGUACCGCCGAUGGAUCAGGCACCACCACAGUUUGACAUGUUAGCUAACACUAUGACUCUGACGGCACAGGAUCAGGGCACCGUCUGCAGCAGCAGUUGGGCCUAUUCUUUGGCCAAGUCCGUACAAAUAAUGAAUGCGCUGCAGACUUCAAACAUGAAGCCAUUGAAUAUAUCCGCUCAGAGCUUAAUCGAUUGCGCUGGAAUGGGAACUGGUUGCACCACACAGGUGCCUCAAAUUGGCUUCGACUAUCUGACACAAAAUCCGGGUACGUCCUUGGUCACCGAGACGGAAUAUCCUCCCAAUAAUUCCAUUAAUCAUGAGGGCAUGUGUUUGCCCACUAUGACAGCAAGUAACAUUGUGGUGGAGAGCUACGGAAUUAUUGCUGAUUCCAAUGAUAAUCUACUGAUGCGCUACGUGGCAAGUGGAUUCCCUGUGAUUGUUGAAUAUAAUCCUGCUACAUUUGGAUUCAUGCACUACAGCAGUGGUGUCUAUGUGCCCCCUGUGCAUGCCCAAGCCAGCAGCUCUCAAUUUCUCGUAAUUCUCGGCUAUGGUCAUGAUACGCAAAGCAAUUUGAACUAUUGGCGUGCCGUCAACUCCUUUGGAAGCACAUGGGGAGAGGAUGGAUUCAUCAAAAUAGUGCGCAGCCCAACACAACCCAUUGCCAAGCGAGCAAUUUUCCCAAAUACCUUAAUUUAACUUAACAAAAAUACACUUCACUUAACUGUGCAAGUACAUAUUGAUUUAUACUUAAUCACAUAUAAAAUAACUUCUUUUAAAAGUUUUGCAUUUUUAUAAAACAAAUAAAGUUUAAUGAAAGA